AUGGCUUCUGUUGCAGAAGAUUCCCCGCUGUUACCCCAGCCGCAGUCACCGCGGUCGUCGCGGGCCUCACGGUCGGUGACCUUCAAUCCGCUCACAACGAUCAGCACCUACGGCGGCACCACGGCCUCCGAUCCGACCUUUCGUCCGUUACAAACAGGCUCUCCCCCUGUUCAGAAUAUCAAUGCCCCAGGUGGGCACUACCGUCCAGGAAGCCAGCCCAUGCUGUCCGCCCUGAACAGCAAGCUCCGUCGCCGCAACAGUCAUGGUGCUCCCUUGACCGCCCCACCGAACACAGCAGCCGUGUCUAAAAUCGGACCACAGCGGACCACUAAGAAAGCACAGAAGCUUAAGCUGCUUCCCGAUCCUGAACGGGCAGAGGAAGAAGAUGAAGAAGUGGAUGGAGAUUUCCCGCGAGACGUCUAUUCCCAGAUUACCCGCAUCAAAGAGCCCGCAGCGCGAAGUCACGCUGCUCGCCUGGGCAAGGCCGACCGCGAUCGUAUCCCUCGAGUCACUGCAUAUUGUACGGCAAACUCCUAUCGGCUGGAAGGCGUGAUCAAGUUCCUUAAAUCCCGAUCCAAAACUCGUGGCGCGAAUCCCAAGCUUUUUGACGAGUGUGUCUACUCUCCCUUUGACUACCAAUUCGAGGAAAAGCAAAAGACUAGCCGGAUAUUCCCCGGACCCCCGGGAAAUGGCCAUCAUGAGAGACGACCCAGUGAACGCAGAUACUCCGACAGUGCAGUGGAGGUGGAGGAUAAUACGAAAUCUCGCCGAGAAGAUCUCAUCGACUUCCAUGAUGAACCCGGCCAUGCGACUGAAGCCAGUUCGGAACAUGCUGUUUCCACUCAGCAAGCAGAUGACGCCUUUGACAUCGACACUACAAUCCAUACACCUGAAGUUUUUCUUUUCGAUUAUGGCACCGUUGUCAUCUGGGGAAUGACGCCUGCACAAGAAUCGCGUUUCUUGUCUGAUAUAUCGAAGUUUGCGUCUUCGAUUUUAAGCCCCGACGAUACCCAAAUAGAGAACUUCAAUUUCUACUAUGCGCGCGAGUAUCAGGCGCGAAUCUACAACGAUUUUAUCUCUCUCCGCGAACCCCGCAACCAUAUGAUCAAACUUGCAAUCUCACAUGCGCUGGCUCAAUCAGUGAAGACUUCGCUCUUCGAGGAUCUUGUCUCGGAGACAAUCACAGAUACUGCGCCACUUCCAGCUCAGAUCGCACAGACUGGAAGUGUGAAUCUUACGCGGCGGCAAAUCAACAUGCAGAUUGGAGAAUUAUUCAUCCUGCGAAUCAACAUCCACUUGCAAGGUUCUGUCCUUGACAGCCCGGAGCUUUUCUGGGCAGAACCUCAGCUGGAGCCAGUAUAUCAAGCCGUCCGAAGCUAUUUGGAGAUGGAUCAGCGAGUCAGUCUGCUCACCGAGCGACUGGAUGUCAUUGCGGAUCUUCUUGCUGUACUGAAGGACCAGUUGACCCAUCGGCACGGAGAAUACCUUGAAUGGAUUGUCAUCGUGCUGAUCGCAGCGGAGAUUUUGGUCGCUGCCAUCAAUAUCGUGGUCGACCUCUACGCCGGUGUCGACUAA